UUUGCAAUUUUAAGAAAAGUUUAUUUUGUAGGGCAAAAUGAUAAUGCAAGACAAAUUGGAGAAGGAGCGGAAUGAUGCCAAGAACAGUGUGGAGGAGUAUGUUUAUGACAUGAGGGAUAAGCUAAGUGGACUUCUGGAGAAAUUUGUUUGUGAUGAGGACCGAGACUCUCUUACCUUAAAAUUGGAAGACACUGAGAACUGGUUGUAUGAGGAUGGAGAGGAUCAACCUAAGCAAGUUUACCUUGACAAGUUAGCUGAACUAAAGACACUUGGGCAACCAAUCUUAGAAAGAUAUCAUGAAGCUGAAGAAAGACCAAAGGCUUUUGAUGAUCUAGGAAAACACAUUCAACAGUAUUUGAAAGUGGUUGACAGUUUCAAAAACAAGGAUGAACAGUACUUGCAUUUGGACGCAGCUGAAAUGGAUAAAGUUGAAAGGUUUGUGAUGGAGGCAAUGGAAUGGAUGAACUCUAAAAUGAACCAGCAAAAUAAUUCAAGUUUGACGGUUGACCCAGUAAUCAAAGUAAAAGAAAUCCAAGCUAAAACAAAGGAACUCUAUUCCGCUUGCAAUUCUGUAGUAUCUAAACCAAAACCAAAAGUUGAACCGCCAAAAGAAGAACAGAAGGAAACUGAACAUAAUGGACCUGUCAAUGGCCAGGAAAGCACAGAGAACCCUCCAGCAGAAGCACCCUGCAAUGAAAAAGAGAAAGCACCAGACCAAGCAAGUCAAACCUCUACAGAAAACAAAUUGCCCGAAAUGGAUAUUGACUAAGCACAUCAUCCAGUGUGUGGAGCAACUUUUUCUUGUUUGGUAUAGUUUGGAUGAGUCUCCUAGUUUGUAAUAGACUGCCACAGUGGUAUGGCUUUAAGUUAUUUGCAGUUAUUUCUCUGGCUUUUAUGGUCUUUACCACAUCAGGCCUUUUUGAUUAGUUAUUGAAAAUCUUAAAUACUUAUUCAUCACCUUAAAUAACUGGAACAGAAACUGUUGGAUCUUGUAAUUUCCUUAAAGAAAAUGUAUUAUUAGAGACACUCUGGACUGACAAAUCAGUAUUGUUGGCUUUGGAGUCAUUUCAGCUUUUCAGCUUGAUUGAAAAGGUAAAUAAACAAAGUUAUUAAUAUUUGUAGGGUGCAUUCAGUUUCAUUUUUGGGUUAGUAAGGACAAACAGUUACAUGACCUUUCAGGGUUCUAUGUGGCACAUUCUCAUUUUUAUGCAAACUGUAUUCCCCUGAGGUAGUAAAUUGUUUGUGAAGCGAAGGGGCUGGAUGUUGUUCUUAUAGGCCACCUCUUAAUGUAGUUACAGUGUGGUUACCACUCCUCCCUAAAUGUGCAUUUUUAGGUGAAAAGAAUGCAUUUACAAUUUGUUUAAAUUGGUAAAGGGAGAACGCUGCUUAAGUCCCACUGUUUACCUGUGCUGAAGGUACAUUUAUGUAUGUGAAAUGUACAUUAUUUGGAGACUAGUUCAAUUUCUCAGACCAAACACAAAAUUUUGACAUCUCACCCAGGAUGAGAUUGUGCUCUUUCUGUAGAAAAUUUAGCUGUAUUCUUUAAUGUGACGAAAUAUUUGAAUGAAAGAUAAGAGAUGUUACAAGUGAGGUUUUUUUUUCUUUUUCAUGGAAUUUUCAAGUUUGCUACUAUAACUGUAAUCAUGCUUUGUAUAUCACUAAAAGCAAAUUAUCAUUAAAAUUCAAUCUUCCUCGGUAGA